GCCCUGUCUGCCCAGUCCUGCCCCACCUUCAGGAGGAGUUGGAGCAGCCUGGCCCCAGCCCGUGUCCUUAUCAAGUGAGCUGGUCCCAACUCAUGCUCGUGCCUGUUGUCAUGGAAAUGAUCCUGCUUCUCCUCUUCUUUGGGGGUUACUUGGCCUCUCUGGAGGCAUCUACACCCAUAAACUCUCCUUUUACUUUGGUUACGAAUAGCUCUGAGGCCCCCAAACUUAGCUCAAUGGCCUCCAAUUAUACACCGAGGGUCCCCGAGAAAAAUGACAGCACUGGGCACCAGACCGUCCCACCUUCCUCAGCUCCUUAUACAGCCAGUGAGGUGUCUUCUCCUGAGACUUUUGUUGCUGCAAGUAGUGGCCUUUCUAUAGCCGGACCAACAAUCUCCCAAGAAGUUUCCACCGAGAAGCCAUCAGUGUUCCAGGAAAUCUCUAAUGUAAACAGUAACCCCACUCCACCAGCAAUGAAUACUCUGGGACUUCACAAUAUGACUGGUGGAACCAGGACAACUAGCACACUGGAGACUUCCAGUGGGAACAGUGGACCUCCUAUUACCAUGGGAACUAGCUCUCAGGAAAGCUCCAGUGGGACCAGUGGACUCCCCAUCACCAUGGGAACUAGCUCUCAGGAAAGCUCCAGUGGGACCAGUGGACUCCCCGUCACCAUGGCAACUAGCUCUCAGGAAAGCUCCAGUGGGACCAGUGGACUCCCCGUCACCAUGGCAACUAGCUCUCUGGAUACCUCUAACACAACCAGUGGACCCCCCAUCACCAUAGCAACUAGCUAUCUGGAGACUUCCAGUGGGACCAGUGUAUUCCCUGGCACAAUGACAACUAGCUCUUUGGAGACUAGUGGCUCCCCCACCUCUUGGGGAACAGUGCCCAUCAUGACUGCCCCAAAGGCCUCCACAAACACAGACAGUGGGCCUUCUGUAAGUCCAGAUCAGAGGACAAAUAAUACCCUAAUAGUGGCUGUGCUUGUGGCUCUUCUGGUGGUCAUUGUCCUCUUGGCCCUACUCCUGCUGUGGCGCCAGCGGCAGAAGCGGAGGACAGGUGCCCUGACACUAAGCAGAGGAGGAAAGCGCAAUGGGGUGGUAGAUGCCUGGGCUGGGCCCGCCCGAGUGUCUGAUGAGGAGGCUGUGAUAACAACAGCAGGAGGGUCUGGUGGUGACAAGGGCUCUGGGAUCCCAGAGGGGGAGGGUUCCAGCCGUGGGCCUACACUCACCACUUUCUUUGGUAGACGGAAGUCUCGCCAGGGUUCCUUGGCCCUGGAGGAGCUAAAGGCUGGGUCAACCUCCAGCCUAAAGGGGGAGGAAGAGCCACUUGUGGGCAGUGAGAAUGGGGCUGUGGAGGCCGCUGAUUCUGAUGGACAGGAAGUGGGAGAUGUGGAGGUCCCUUAGUGCCUGUGAACACAAGACUGGAGGUCAUUUCUAGCUUCCGUCACCUUCCCUCCUAUCCAUCACUUUCAACCUCAUCAUCACCUAGCGUUUUCACCCAACAUUUUCGCUCUGAACCCUCAUCUAGCUUCUUAACCCUGGGACUUCCAGCUUCUGUACCCAACACCCCAGAGUGGCAUUGCCGCCCAGCACUUGAACCCAGCACCAAGGCCAGGGCCUACACCCACUGAAGGCCUGAAGACUGAAUGAAUAAGACUUCCUCAUCAACCCCUACUCCUCUCCAUUAACCCUUUUUGCCACAUUUUUGCCCUUGAAACCAGAGGCCGAGUCUCCACAAGGCCAAAUUUCCUUGACCUAUGAUUGCUCGGAGGAUUCUUCGGGGACAUCAGAGUCUGAGAAGAAGGAAAUGACAAGCCAGCAAACUCAUCUUGAUUACUUUGGAAAGUACAUCUGACCCCAUAGGCUAGGACAGUUCCUGGGUCAUCCCAUGAAAUUCAUUUAACUCCAGGCCUCAGUGCUCUGUGCAGGGCCAGCCUGGAGUGGUGUCAUCUAGCUGUGCUCUCAAGUGUGCUUGUGACAGCACCUGGACUCUAGGCUGGCCUUUGUCCCAAGGGAGUGUCACCACACUCUCCCUUAGAGCUAACUAUGGACUGAGGUAGCCAAAGGCUUCAGCUGUUACUCCUCCGGAGGACGGAGGUUUCUGGGCAGGAAUGGUUCUCAGAAGCCCCAGCGCCUGUGUGGGUACACUUAUGGGUGUGUUUUGUGUGCAAGAGUCAAGGAUUUGGUGAUUUGUGAAGGGUAGAGGUGAGUAUGAAGGGCGUGAGGGAGGGGCAGGAAGGGUUUCAGAAGCUGAGGACAUGCCAUCCUGAGGACCUGCUGAGAAUAUCUGUGCCUUCAUCUCUGCUCAAAUGGGUGGAGGUAGUAGAUUUAAUUUUGUCUGUUGCCCAAUAAAGGAAUGCUAGACUCGAUAGAAAGACGGCAUUUGUGAUGACCCUAGCGUGGUUCUUCAGUUCAGCCACUGUGUUCCUUUCUCACAGCCUCCCCGGCAUAGGAGGGAGGGAGACAGGAGACCUGGUAACUGGGUCUUGGUGCAACUCUGCUGUUACAUAUUUUCAAGCGCUUUCCCUUCUCCGGGUGACAAAGUCAGCGAGAGUGAGCUAAAUGAGGACGUAGGACCGGCUGGCAGAACCAGGGGCUUCCCCUCUGGAUCUGGGAUGGACAGGAGGGGACAAGAACCAACUGGCCAUCUCUGAGACCAGCCCAUGCCAGAGCCCGGGGUGCCACAUGGGCCAGAAGCGGUUGGUAUUUCCCCAGGGCAAAGAGGAAAUUUGCAAAGAGGAAGUUGUUGAGUCACAGGGUGCGGAGGCUGAGAGCAGUCUGGCUGACCUACAAAGAGAGAGGCAGUUGGGAACUGUGAGUGUGACUGCCAUGUGGCCUGAACCAGGGAGGAGGGCGGCGGGGCUGGUCAUGAGAUGGGGGAGAGAAGUGGCGCAAAGUGGCCAAGGACCCACCUGGCCACACAGGCCUGUGUCUGGCCUGUGGGGACGGGCUGAGCUGGGGUGGAAAUCCAGCCUUCACCGUGCAGGCUGGGCACCCAUGAAACCGUGUCUGGGCGCCUUUUUCUACUUCUUACAAGGCAUCGUUUGGACUAGCUGUAGCCACAGAGCAGCAGAAGUUUAGUUCCGAAAGUCCCUCAGGAUACCACAGUUGCGUCAGAUUUAUCAAACCAAGUGCCCCAACUUCAGGUAUAGAUGAUGUCGGCACUGAACUCAGAGGCGGUCAGCGGCACCCUGCUCAUUCGGCACAGGCAGACAUGUUCUGAACCAAUAUUUUCGGGGUCCUGGGCAAAUCCUGCAGGAAAUGGGGUGGGGUGGGUAAGGUGCCCAAUGGGGCUCUGCUCAGUCCAGAAAACAUUAAAAAUGUGAAAGGUUUUCAAAUAAAAGCACAAAAAAUUUUA